AUGGGAAUUGGAAACCUUAUAUCUAUGCCCCUGACACUGGCACUCGGAAGACGGCCCAUCUUCUUGAUUUCCUUGCUGAUGCUCGCCAUGACUGGUCGUUGGUGUGCAUUUUCGACUUCCUUGACCAGUCACAUUGCCAGGCGUAACUUCCUUAGCAUGGCGGCCGGGCAGAGCGAAGCUCUUGCUCCUUUUAUCGUUGAGGAGAUUCAUUUCCUGCAUGAACGGAGCACCAAGAUUGCUUGGUAUAUCGGAGUCCAGUAG